CGACACAAGCGGAAGUGACGUAAGGCGACCGCCGGAUGUGUCGUUGCUGUGUUGCGCGACUGGCCUUGAGGGAGAGCUGGGGCCUGUUCCCUGAGAGAUACAGCUAUGUCGAUCGAAAUCGAAUCCUCGGAUGUGAUCCGCCUUAUCAUGCAGUACUUGAAGGAGAACAGUUUACAUCGGGCAUUAGCCACCUUGCAGGAGGAGACUACUGUGUCUCUGAAUACUGUGGACAGCAUUGAGAGUUUUGUGGCUGAUAUUAACAGUGGCCAUUGGGAUACUGUGUUGCAGGCUAUACAGUCUCUGAAAUUGCCAGACAAAACCCUCAUUGACCUCUAUGAACAGGUUGUUCUGGAAUUGAUAGAGCUCCGUGAAUUGGGUGCUGCCAGGUCACUUUUGAGACAGACUGAUCCCAUGAUAAUGUUAAAACAAACACAGCCAGAGCGAUAUAUUCAUCUGGAGAACCUCUUGGCCAGGUCUUACUUUGAUCCUCGUGAGGCAUACCCAGAUGGAAGUAGCAAAGAAAAGAGAAGAGCAGCAAUUGCGCAGGCCUUAGCUGGUGAAGUCAGUGUGGUGCCUCCAUCUCGUCUCAUGGCAUUGCUGGGACAGGCACUGAAGUGGCAGCAGCAUCAGGGAUUGCUUCCUCCUGGUAUGACUAUAGAUUUGUUUAGAGGCAAAGCAGCUGUCAAAGAUGUGGAAGAAGAAAAGUUUCCUACACAACUGAGCAGGCAUAUUAAGUUUGGUCAAAAAUCACAUGUGGAGUGUGCUCGAUUUUCUCCAGAUGGUCAGUAUUUGGUCACUGGGUCUGUUGAUGGAUUCAUUGAAGUAUGGAACUUUACUACUGGAAAAAUCAGAAAGGAUCUUAAGUACCAGGCCCAGGAUAACUUUAUGAUGAUGGAUGAUGCUGUCCUCUGCAUGUGUUUCAGCAGAGAUACAGAAAUGUUAGCAACUGGGGCCCAAGAUGGAAAAAUCAAGGUAUGGAAGAUUCAGAGUGGACAAUGUUUAAGGAGAUUUGAGAGGGCACACAGUAAGGGUGUCACCUGUCUAAGCUUUUCUAAGGAUAGCAGUCAGAUCCUUAGUGCUUCUUUUGACCAGACAAUUAGAAUUCAUGGUUUGAAAUCUGGGAAAACCCUGAAGGAAUUUCGUGGCCAUUCCUCCUUUGUUAAUGAAGCAACAUUUACACAAGAUGGACAUUAUAUUAUUAGUGCAUCCUCUGAUGGCACUGUUAAGAUCUGGAAUAUGAAGACCACAGAAUGUUCAAAUACCUUUAAAUCCCUGGGCAGUACUGCAGGGACAGACAUUACCGUCAACAGUGUGAUCCUACUUCCUAAAAACCCUGAGCACUUCGUGGUGUGCAACAGAUCAAACACGGUGGUCAUAAUGAACAUGCAGGGGCAGAUUGUCAGAAGCUUCAGUUCUGGUAAAAGAGAAGGUGGGGACUUUGUUUGCUGUGCCCUCUCUCCCCGUGGCGAAUGGAUCUACUGUGUAGGGGAGGACUUUGUGCUCUACUGUUUCAGUACAGUCACUGGCAAACUGGAGAGAACUUUGACAGUGCAUGAGAAGGAUGUGAUUGGUAUUGCACAUCACCCACAUCAGAACCUGAUUGCUACCUACAGUGAAGAUGGACUCCUAAAGCUCUGGAAACCAUAAUUCAGCUUUUCUUUUUAAAUCAGCUUGAAAGCACCUACUUUAAUGUGCUCUUUUUUUUGUUUUGUUUUGUUUUUAAAGGCCAGCUUUUCUAAGCAAAUAGAUUGUCUGAAUUAGUCACAAGAGUAAUUUUGUGAAAAUUCAUGUUUAACUAGCAGGUACCGUUCCCUUUUUUAUAUAUUUUUAAGGUAUUAGAACUGGUGCAGUCACUUAAUGUUUUCAUUAAUCUUCUACCUGAAGAGUGAAAUACUGAUAUUUCUGGAAAAAAAUUCUACUCUAUUUGAAAUGCUGAUUAAAAUGUGCCUAUCAUAGUAAAACUUGUAAAUAAGGAACUAAAUCAUAUUCAGUAGUUGUGUUCUGUUCCAUCUUUUUUUUUUUUUUUUUUUUUUUGGAUGGAGUUUUGCUCAUCGCCUGGCUUAUAUUUUUGUGUUUUUAGUAGAGAUGGGGUUUCACCAUGUUGACCAGGCUGGCCUUGAACUCCUAACCUCAAGUGAUUUGCCCGCCUUGGCCUCCCAAAGUGCUGGGUUUACAGGCAGGAGCCACUGUGCCCCACUCAUCUUUUUUUUUUUUUUUUUAAGAUGUUAAUAAACUUUAUACCUUUCUGGAGACUUUGUUCUAAAAUGUAAAUCAGUGCUCAUCUAGUUAACAUAUUUACUUAGAAUGUGGGGGAGGAGGAGUAACAUUAUUAUACCUGAAUCUCAAGUACAGCAGAAGUGAAUUCCUGGGAUAGUAGGGUAGACUAACAUGUAAAAAGGCCAGGUGAUGAUUAGGCUCUCAUUUCGCUACCCUGAAACCUUCCUCUCCUUCUGAGCUGUGCCUUCUCACAUGUUCAGUCAACUCCAGGGAAUAUGUCCCCAUCUUCUGGACAGAAUAGUUGCAGGAUCUGUUACAAGAAUUCAGAGUUUUGGCAUCUCCCGCUUUGUAGGGUACAGUUUGACAUUGAAAAUGUGCUGUUGUUCCAAAGAAAAAUUAGCAAAGGACUUGAGAUUUAAAAAACUCUCCUUUGUAAUGUGCAUCAUUACCAGUUAUUUAAAGAAAAGCAUGUCAAAGCCAACAAAACCCUUGGAAAUAUUUUGCACAUAGAUGUCUGUUUCAUGUUUCAGCUGAAGAUGUAUAGCGCACCUCUGAUGAUGAGGGAGGUACUGUGCUAAGCACUACUUUCAAGAAUGUGAGUUCUUGUUUCUACAGGCCUUUUGUGCUCCCUUUUAAAUGUUAGCAUUUAUUAGAUACAAAGUAGUGGGGAAGGUUUUUUAAAGAAGUUUUAGCAGUCUUGUAAUUUACCUUUUUUUAAAAUUUAUUUUAUUUUAUUGAGACGGAGUCUUGCUCUGUUGCCCAGGCUGGAGUGCAGUGGUGCCAUCUCAGCUCACUGCAACCUUCGCCUCCUUGGUUCAAGUGAUUCUCCUGCCUCAAGUCUCCCGAGUAGCUGGGAGUACAGGCACAUGCUACCAUGGCUGGCUAAUUUUUGUAUUUUUGUAGAGAUGGGGUUUUGCCAUGUUGACCAGGCUGGUCUUGAGCUUCUGACCUCAGGUGAUCUGCCUGCCUCGGCCUCCCAAAGUACUGGGAUUACAGGUGUGAGCCACCGUGCCCAGCCUUGUAAUUUACCUUUGACUGUGACCUGAAGUACAGUAGGAGCCUAUGCCUGGCACAUAGUAAUGCUCAGUGUUGGCUGAAUUAAUUCUGAGCGGCGCUAAGAAAUCCCUCUUUCCCAGUCAUAUUCUAUAACAUAUUUCCUAUUUGCCACAAAACCUGCAGCCUUUUGGCCCAGGUAAUGUCAUUUGCAGUCAUUUUGAUGAUUUUAAAAUGGUUGUGGGAGUUGAACAUAGUUAUGAGUUCAGGAUUCCUGAGACUGUAGACAGCCAUCCCAGUGGAAA